CUUCUUUCCCCCUGGACUGGGCCCGAGCCUGUGAUGACCCCGGGCUUACUUCGGGCUGUUUAAAAGUGGAGCUUGAUGGAAGCGAUGUCCCCCCAGCAGGAUCACAUCGGGCAGGGGCGCUCUUCCUCCCUGGCCGGGGUUUCUCGACUCUCCGCAGCUCCCGACAGCAAGAAGAAAAUGAAGAGCUUGGCCCAAAGACGUCAGUCGGCACCAUCCCUGGUUCUCAGCAAAGCACUGAACAAGUCCAGAACGAGUGCCAGGGAAGGCUGCUUCUCCCCAAUCAGUCCGGAGUCAUGCCCGCUGGUGCAGUCCUUCCUGGGUCCCAACAGAACAUUCCUUCUGGAUGGGCAUGUACAGCUGAAGACUGGCCUGCAGACUCAAGAACGGCACCUUUUCCUCUUUAACGAUCUCCUUGUGGUUGCAAAGCCCAAGUCCCAGUUACAUUUCAAGCUGAAGAGCCAGGCACGUCUCAGUGAAAUGUGGACAGCAUCUUGUAUGGAAGAGGUCUGUGAGGGCAGCCCUAACCUGGAAAGGUCUUUCGUUUUAGGAUGGCCCACCACUAACUGUGUUGCUAGUUUCAGUUCCGUCGAGCAGAAAGAGAAGUGGCUCACUUCCCUUCAAAGUCGCAUCAAAGACGAGAAAGCCAAGGACUAUCCCAAGAGCAUUCCCCUGAAGAUUAUUGCGAAGGAUAUUGGAAAUUGUGCAUAUUCAAAAACCUUAACUGUGACCAACAGGGACACAGCCAAUGAUGUGAUCCUCAUGGCCCUGCAGCAGCUUGGAAUCAAUGGCACUGAAAAGGAGUAUCAGUUGUGGGUGAAUUCUGGGAAAGAAGAUGCCCCGUAUCCCCUUAUUGGACACGAAUAUCCGUUUGGAAUUAAAAUGAGCCACGUUCGUGACACUUUGCCUCCGGCGCAGGGAUCAAAGGACUUCGUCUGCCCUCUGGACCUUCAGGGGGCCUUCCUGAUGGAACAGCUGCCCCGGGAGUUUCAGUGCCAGUUCAUUCUCAAGCCAAGUCGUCUGGCCGGCUGCCAGCAGCUGAACGAAUUGAGCCAAAAGCCAUUUAAAAGGAAAAGGUCCAUUAUCAAUUGGGCCUUCUGGCGGGGAACAGGUGCCCCACUGGACAAUGCGCCGCCAUCACCAACUUCUCCCGUAUCAGGGAAGCUCUUUGGUCUUUCGCUGCCAGCUAUCUGUGAGAAUGACAACCUGCCCAAACCAGUCUUGGAUAUGCUUUCCUUUCUCUAUCAAGAGGGGCCGUUCACUCGGGGCAUUUUCAGACGCUCCGCAAAUGCAAAAUCUUGCAGAGAGCUGAAGGAGAAGCUUGACUCCGGAGAUGACGUGCACUUACCCUGCGAGUCCAUCUUUGUGACAGCCUCUGUGUUUAAGGAUUUUCUUCGUAAUAUCCCAGGCGGCAUUUUCUCAUCCCAGCUCUGUGAUCAGUGGGUUUCCUUAAUGGAUGAAGGGAACCAUGAAGAGAAGAUAAAAAGCAUCCACAGGCUAAUGGAACAGCUCCCCAGAGCCAACGUGGUGCUGUUGCGUUACCUCUUUGGAGUAUUGCACAGCAUAGAAAAGCAGUCUGAAGACAACCAGAUGACCGCCUUUAAUUUAGCAGUCUGCAUUGCACCCAGCUUACUCUGGCCUCCAGCUCCUGCAAGCCCUGGGACUGAAGGAGAAUUCACAAAGAAAGUUUCCGUCCUUGUACAGUUCCUGAUUGAAAAUUGCUGCAGGAUUUUUGGAGAGGAAAUUUCUUCCAUCUUCGCAGAUAUCAUGCCCAAAAAUGACAACAGAGAAGAUGGUUCAGAUCUCUCAUCUUUUCACCUGAAUGACUCCUCCUACGACAGUCUGGAAAAUGAGUUGAAUGACUGUGCAGACUCCUCAUUUAACAACCUCCUUAAAAAACGAGGUCAAGAGAACAGGAGCAGGGACUCUGUUUUGACCUUGAGUGACUGUGACCUGGACCCACCAGAAGCGGAAGACCCUCAGAUCAAGUUACCAACAAAAUCUCAGCCACUGUCUAUUUCAGCUGGCUUCCAUCAUAAAUCUCUAUCCAGGGAGCAUUCUGAGAAUGAGUCUCUGUGCUCCAUCACAUCGGGCUACUCGUCGACGGCUAUCUCAGACGUUCUCAAAAGCUCGAGAAGACACCGCCGCUGCUCUGAACCCACCAUUGGCCUUCUUGACUCCAAGUUUACACCCCUCAGUGGGUUUCAUGAAAGUGCCGUGCGCAAAGCCAGCUGUGAUGCUGUUCUGUCCCACACAGAUGAAGACUAUCUCAAGCAGUUCCGCUCGCUACAAGUGGAAGGCCAGAAGCUUAUAAACGAGAGUUUGGUCACAAGGAUAGAAGUGGACACGGAUGGUCCUGAAAGCCGGAUCAGUGAAAAGAAGGAUGUAUCUAACCGCCUUCUCCCACCACCUCCCCUUAGGUUGAACAUUUGCUCAAGGACUAGCUGCUCUAGCCUAUCAUCCCCUGGCACCUCCCCUUCAGGGUCUUCAAUGAGUUCCCUAGAUAGUGCUUUUUCCCAGUUUUCGGACUACUCUGUGUUUACCCCAACAGAGACCUCCUCUCCUCUGGACUGUGCAUUUCACCCUCAGAGGAAGUAUGGGGAGGUAUCUCCUGAUUUCAACCCUUUCUCAGGCAUCCACCUUGGAUCAGGGGCUGGCUCUUUUCCUAACCAAGCUAGUGGUAGCCAUAACAGCAGCUUGGCAUGUGUUAGGAAAGAGAGUCUGGAAUGGCCUCCUCACAAAAGCCCUAUCACUCUGCAUCCCAGCACGUGGUUAAAAAGUGGAGCUUCCACCAUGAAGAAUUGGACUCUGCGGAAAAGGGAAAGAGCCUCCAAGCAGGAAGAGAAAAAGAACAGCGCUAUCAAAAUAAUGGUGGAGUCACAAACCUGUCCUUCGGAUGCAUCUGACUGUAGCUUACAUCAAAAACAACAUCAAGGAGUGGGUAACUCUUGCGCACCAGAUGUUAAUGUUGUGUCAGUGGACCUGGAGAGUAGUGGUCCUUCUCAGGGAGAAGUUGGGCAACUCAGCAGCCUUCCUUUUUGUCCAGGGGAAGUCAAGGAUAAGCGGCUAAAAGCCUUAGAGCUUUUGGCAGAGCAAAGCAAAGAAGAGGAAGAGGAGGAAAGUUCUUCAUUUUUUCCUUCUCAUAAAAGACAUCCUUCCUGUCGUAAUCCAAAUGCUGAACAUAAACCCGAGCCAGAUACUGUCUUUGGCGCUGAAUGUCAAUGGGUCGCCAAGGGGAACUUAAACGAUCCUGCACUUUUCGCAGAGGUCACAGCCCAGCAAACAGCAGAUUCCAAGAAUUAUAAACCUUUGUCAAGCGUAGAGCCCAAAGCUGCUGAAGCCAACUCUGGAAGGGAAUUCUGUGCCUCUCCGAACCUCAUCGAAGCUGAGGAUGAACUUCUGUUUCAGUCUGAUUCAAAUCGUUGUCCCCCAAAAUCGCAGGAAGUGACUGAUGCUAGCAAAAGGGAGUGGCUGAAAAAGCUGUGCAAUGACCCGCAAUUUGAGGAGUUGGACCAAACGUUUUUCACAGAAGAAUCUUACGUUUGAGCAGCCAGUGUCUAAAAUAUAUGUAUAUUUCAACAUAACUUUGUUUGCUUUAAUAUCCCGUGGGCGAUAUAUUCUCAUCAGGGACUUAAUGGAACUCCUGCUGUUUGAGGAAUUACCAGAAUGGCUUUCCCAGAUAUAGUCUUGCAAUUUAAAAAGACAUUUCCUGAUAACUGCGAAGGCUGCAUCAAAACCUUCAAGAAGAACAUUCAAUUCUAAAACACUAGCAAACACUUGUGGAUGUGCUUGCUGUACGCAGCUUUUCUCGGAACCACUCCUGUAUGUUGUAAACAUCGUAAAUCUAUGUUUUGUGUCCGUUGUGGUUUGGAUGUAGUGUGUGAGGUCAGCCUGGGCGCCCUAGCUAUGGUAUCGUAUUUCUAUUUUGAAGCUGAUGGUCCAUUUCAUUGUCCUCCAAGGAAAGAAGUUGUAAUGUUUUUGUAUGUUUUAUGAGGCAACUGUUCAAUGGUUCCAGACACAUUCCUCUCACAGCAAAGAAGAAGAAUGUUUUUAAAAUGAAGUAUAAAACCCCGACCCUCCUCUAACUUACAACUCCCAAGUUUUAUGUGUGUCACAUUAUUGCUCUCCAUUUGGCUAUUAAAUUUUUGUUACCAUUGUGAAUAGUUUCUUAAUGACGAUACACUCAAAUGGCAUAUUACAUCUUGGUGGCGGUGGUGUUGCAGGCAGAACUUGUGGAAUUUUAUUAUAUACUAUUGAAAUCAUCUUUAUUAUAAUAUAUUGAAAGUAAUGCAUUAACUUCGAAAUGCUUCGAGAUUGUAUAAUAUAUCUUGGUAAAUUUUUGCUAUUGUAUAUGUUCUCAAAUAAAUGUGUAUUUUUGUACU